AUGAGCGGGUUUGUGUUAAGAUAUAAAGCUGCUGUCAUUACCGGUGCAGCCAAAGGGAUAGGUUUUGCAACAGCCAAAGAACUGCUCAAGAAUGGAGUAUCGAAAGUACUACUUUUGGAUAUACAACCUGGUUUAACACUAAUGCAGUGCGCUCAGCUCAAGGCAUGCAACUCGGAGGCGGACGUCUUUUAUGUGCAAUGUGACGUCUCCGACAAGCAACAACUGGAUACCGCUCUCCGUCGGGAUGCCCUGAACCUACUCGGGUCAUUCGACAUACUUGUGAAUUCAGCCGGAGUUUGGGAAUCUUGCCCCACCAAGUCCAUCGACGUUAAUUUGAUUGGUUCGAUGCACUGCACUCUACUUGCAAUUGAUUUGAUGGAUAGGCAGAAAAGCGGUACAGGAGGAUUUAUUGUUAACGUCUCUGACCCGGAAGCCGCUGUUUACACCGAAAAGACAUUUGGAGUUAUCGGUUUCACACGAACGCUGGGGACUGAAUUGCUUUACCAUAAAAAGGGGAUAAAGCUUGCGGUAAUCUCUCCGUGUGGUGCCAGAACCAAUAUCUUGAAGGCGUUCGGCGGCAGUUCUAGACCUCAUCGGCGGAUGAAGGAACUAUUCGAGGAGCUUAUGGUAAAAUUUGCCGAUCGACAACCACGCGCUAUCGGGAAGUCCAUUGUGAAGGUCAUAACAGAAAAAGAAACAGGAUCAGUUUGGUUGUCUGCCCCGGAUACUGAAAAUGAUGCUGGAUACUGGAUUGCUGAGGUUAAGUUUGAGCUUAACAAAAAUGUCUAG